AUGCCAGAAAUUGUACUGCCUGCCUUUUGGAAAAAAAAUUGCAGUGCUGCCUUUGCAGACGUUAGGUACAGAAUCUGCUCUUCUGAUUUAAAUGACUCCCAAAAAGAUGCAGUUUUAAGCUGCUUGGUAACUAGGGAAUGCCACCAUCAGAGUACUGUCAAACUAAUAUGGGGCCCUCCGGGGACUGGGAAAACCAAGACAGUUGGUUUCAUGUUAUGCUCUCUUCUUAGAAUGAAAUGCAGAACACUUACAUGUGCCCCAACCAAUACUGCUCUUUUAGUAGUGACGCAGCGGCUUCUAAAGAAUGUGACAGGGUCACUUGAAUAUGAUACUUAUGGGCUUGGAGAUGUGGUUUUGUUUGGGAAUAGUGAGCGAAUGAAGAUUUUCGUUCGUCCUGAACUCCUUGAUGUAUUCCUUGAUAACCGUGUUAAAAUACUAUAUGAAUGCCUUGUUUCAUCAUCUGGUUGGAAAGGUAGUUUACUAUCAAUGAUGUGUUUGCUGGAGGACCAUAAACGCCAAUAUGAGUUGUACUUGAAUGAAAGAAGCAUGAGAGACAAUAAGGAGGGCAAAAUUGAAGGGAUGUCUAAAAAUAAAGGGAGAAACAGGAUCCAGGGAAAGGAGAUUGAUCAAUCCUUUGAAGACAAGAAGGGCAAGAAAAAUAUAAAGAAAGUUAUUGUUCAAGUUUCUGAGAAAGCUGAAUUUGGGAGAAGUUUUCUACAGAGGCUGGUAUUGCUAGGACAAAAGAAAGAACUUCUUAAUGUCCGGCACAGGAUGCAUCCAUCCAUAAGCUUAUUUCCAAAUAGGGUGUUCUAUGAAAAUCAGAUUUUGGAUGGUCCCAAUGUCAAAGAAAGAAGGCAUGAGAAGCGUUUCCUUCAGGGAAAUAUGUUCGGCUCCUACUCUUUCAUUAAUGUAGCACAUGGAAAAGAGGAAUUUGAUAGCAGCCACAGUCUCAAAAAUAUGGUUGAGGUUGCUGUGGCGUCUGAGAUAGUUGCAAGUCUUUUCAAAGAAUCUGUUUUCACAAAGAAGAAAGUCAAAGUUGGUAUCAUCUCACCAUACAAGGCACAAGUCUAUGCAAUUGGAGAGAAGGUGAAAAACUACAGUGCUGACUUUAAAGAUGACUUUUCAAUUAGUGUUCACUCUGUUGAUGGGUUCUAG